AUGUCGUCUCUCCCUCCAGUCUACAUUGUCUCGGCUGCCCGCACGCCCACGGGCAUGUUCUUGGGCUCCCUCUCAAGCCUGAGUGCCGUCCAGCUUGGCUCUCACGCCAUCAAGUCUGCCGUUGAACGUGCCGGCAUCAAGCCCACGGAUGUUGAGGAAGUCUUUGUUGGCAAUGUCCUCUCCGCAAACCUUGGCCAGAAUCCCGCCCGCCAGUGUGCCAUUGGUGCUGGCCUCCCCGAGUCGACCGUAGCCACCACCGUCAACAAGGUGUGCGCCUCGUCCAUCAAGGCCAUCAUUGUUGGUGCCCAGACCAUUAUGACUGGCAAUGCCGAAAUCGUCGUUGCUGCCGGAGCCGAGAGCAUGUCCAACACACCCCACUAUCUCCCCAACAUGCGCAACGGCGCCAAGUUCGGAGAUCAGUCACUGAUCGACGGUCUUAUCAAGGACGGUCUGACCGACGCCUACAAGAAGGAGCACAUGGGACUUCAAGGCGAGGAGUGUGUCAGCGACCAUGGCUUCACUCGUGAGGACCAGGACGCAUACUGCAUCCGUUCAUACAAAAAGGCCAUUGCCGCACAAGAGGCCGGUUAUUUCAAGGAGGAGAUUGCCCCAGUUGAGGUCCCCCAGGGACGUGGCAAGCCCCCAGUCGUUGUUGAUGCCGAUGACGAGCCCAAGAACUUCAAUGAGUCCAAGAUCCGCACACUGAGGCCUGUGUUCAAGCCCAAGGACGGCACAGUCACUGCUGCCAAUGCCUCACCGCUCUCUGACGGUGCCGCGGCCCUCGUCCUUGCUUCCGAGGAGGCUGUCAAGAAGCACGGCCUCAAGCCCAUUGCUAAGAUUCUCGGCUGGGGUGAUGCUGAGCAGAACCCCUCCAAGUUCACCACGGCCCCCGCUCUUGCCAUGCCAAAGGCGCUGAAGCACGCCGGCGUAGAGCUGUCUGCUGUUGAUGCUUUCGAGAUCAACGAGGCCUUCAGUGUUGUUGCCCUCGCCAACAUGAAGAUUCUUGGUAUUCAAGAGGACAAGGUCAACCUGCACGGUGGUGCUGUCGCGAUCGGCCACGCGCUAGGUGCUUCAGGUGCCAGGAUCACAACCACACUUCUUGGUGUGCUAAGGCAGAACAAGGGCAAGAUUGGAUGCGCUGGCAUCUGCAACGGAGGUGGAGGUGCUUCUGCCAUUGUUGUCGAAUCGCUGGAGUAG